GCGGUGGCGGCGGCAGCAGCAGCAGCAGCAGCAGCAGCAGCUGAGCCGAGCUGGCGGACGGGCGGACGGACUCCGGGAGCCCCGCCAGCGCUGCCCGGAUGCCGUUGAGCCCGCCGGGGCUGAGCUUGCCCCGCUGAGGACCACGCUGCGGCGAUCCGGCCGUCCCCACUGAACCCAGACGACCCCCUCCCCACCUCGACAAGGCUGACCACUUCCUCCCCCGCUCCCUCCCCAUCCACACAAGAAGGACAUCGGCGUCCCCCCAUCUUUCCAUGGAUCUGGGGGGCUCCCUCGAGGCGCUCUCCCCCCAGCUGGGGGAGGAGUUGGACGGACUGCCCCCCUUGUAGAACCCCCCAAACGACUCCCCCGCCUUCAACCUCAUCUCUUCCCUCCCCGGAGAAAAAAACAAACCCAAACAAACUUGGGUGCACACUUUUGAGGGGGGAAGGAGCGAUGCGGGGUCUGAAAUAAGCAACCGAUCCCCGUUUAAUCCUUAGGGGUUGAAAUAGGGGGAACCGCCGAUACUCCCCCCCCGGAAAAAAAAUCAACCCCCCCCUUUUGGAAACUCUUCCUCUCUCUCUAUUGAUCGCCUCCCUCCCCCUUGAUCCAAACCUGAAAACCCUUCCCUUCCCCUCUUAUCCAGUAACGCCCCCCCAACCAAGCACAGAUGGCUGGGGCUGUGAAAAUUUGAUCCCCCCUUUUUUCUGGGUUCCCAGACGUGACAAUGUGGAUACAUCGGUUUUUAGCUACCAGGUCAGGUUAUCCUGUACGAAGCCAUGCUUGGAUUUUAAUAGCCAUGUUCCGACUUGCCAUGGAUUUCACCUCUUGUGAAUCUUUGGGCCACGGUCAUAGGCCCUUGCAAAGACCGGGUCACCAUGACCGACAUGGAUUCUGGCAUAGUCCUUUGUGGAGUCUUAGAUCCGGGCAGCAGGCCAGGAGUUAUGGGCUUCCGGGGAACCAUGCUUUCCCCUAUUUGGAACGGUCUAAUGGACAGCUGGCCAGUACGUAUCAUUCCAAACGUCUACACAAAGCCACGGACCUCCUCUGGGAAAAUGGGCACCCCGAGCACUUUGUGCCCGCCAGAUCAGACCCUUCUCUGGCAGACGGGAGUACAGCAUACCAGACUUACUUGAGGAGGAGGAAAAGGUACCUCCGGGCGAUUGGCAAGCCCACUCCAGAGACCGAGGUGAUUGUCUGGGGGUCCACAAGCCCUUUGGAAACCCUGGAGAGCUUCUCGGGAAUUUAUGGCAGUGCCACCACCAUCUCUGUUUUGCGACACAAGACCACCACCAUCUCCACCACCACCACCACCACGAUCACCACCACAACUGCAGCUUCCACGACGGUUCAGCCAGAAGGACCUGGCCCUGGGAUUGGCACACCCAAGAACAACCCCGGUGUGAUUAGCACAAUGGUACCACCUGCCACUUCUGAUGGGAACAGAAAAGAGGUUGGUGCCCCUCCGCCCAAGAUCCCAGGAGACACUUCAGGUCUGGCCGUCCAUCAGAUUAUCACCAUCACCGUCUCCCUCAUCAUGGUCAUUGCUGCUCUGAUAACGACGCUCGUCUUAAAAAAUUGUUGUGCCCAGAGUGGGAACACGAGGAGGAACAGCCACCAGCGUAAAAUCAACCAGCAGGAAGAGAGUUGUCAGAAUCUGACGGACUUCACCCCAGCCAGAGUCCCUAGCAACCUGGAUAUAUUCACGGCCUACAAUGAGACGCUACAGUGUUCCCAUGAAUGUGUGAGGACGCCAGUGCCGGUCUACGCGGAGGAGACAAUACUUCCCCCAGGGGAUUAUAAAACAUCCUUCAAUGGAAAUAGACCCUCCUCCUCUGAUCGGCAUCUAAUCCCUGUGGCCUUUGUGUCUGAGAAAUGGUUUGAAAUCUCCUGUUGACCAGCCGAAGUCUGUUUUAUUUCCUGGGGGCAGGGCAGACGCCAUGUGUCCAUUUCCUGGAUUCCAUUGGUGAACCUGUAAAAAAAAAAAAAGGAAAGGGUUACCUAUACCUACCAUUUGUGUUUACUGAUGGAAGACUCAAAGAACAGCCAAAUAUAUUUUUAUAUAAUAAAAAAAGGGAUUUGCCCCUACGAGUGAUUGAAUUUUCGAGGAGUGCAUUAUUUUUCAUGGGAGAAGAUGGUCGCGGGUGGGGUCUGGGGUGGGGAGAGAAUAAACUUGCAAGCAAAGAUGGAAGAAAGAAGAUGGAAGCCAGCCAAACAGAGCCAUGGCUUCAGUCUGGGACAUGUGUGGACUGUGACUCUAUUUUUGAACCUGUGCCAAUAAUACCAUAAUGUGCCAUGAUUCGCCUGGGGGAAACGUCUUCAGAAGGUGACGCAGAACGGAAUACAUGUCAAAAAGAAAAAAUAUAUAUAGUGAAAGCAAGGGUGGGAAAUAUCUCUUCUAAUAAAGUCAGUAUUUCUGGUUACUAUACAUAUUAUAUAUAUAUAUAUAUAUAUA